AUGGUUUGCGAUGGCGGCUUAAUUGACGCCAGCGACAACAACAUCUUGGGCGACAACUGCUCAGUAUGCGAUAUGGACUACGAAGCGCGGUAUGGCGACGGCGAUUUUGGCGGCGAUGGUGAUGGAGGUGACGCCAGCCACGCCUGCUGUUGCGGUUGUGGUGGCUGUGGGGGUUGUAGUGGAGGAGGAUGUGGCGGAUCGGGAGGCAUAGGUGGUUGCGGAGGUGACGGUGGUUGCGGUGGUGGUGGUGAUUGCGGUGGAGGUUGUGGUGGCUAA